AUGGUCCGACUUUCGGCCCUCCCCGCACUCGUCCUGGCCGCCGUUGGGGUCGGAGCCAGCGCCGACGGAAGCUGUACCGGCAUUAACGCCGUCAGUUCAAAGUGCAGCCCUCAGGAAACUCUACACCACCGAGAGUUCUUCUACGUGGGAGGCCAAAGCGCACCGGACGCGACGGGCAACAUCACGAUAGGUCAGAUUUACGUUGAGAAGCUUACGCCACUCCUGAAGCUUCGGUCGACCCCUCUGGUCUUCCUCCACGGCGGCGGUAUUUCCGCAACCACAUGGCUCAACACCCCUGACAAUCGUCCCGGGUGGGCGACGUACUUCCUCAAGCAGGGCUACCAGCUUUAUCUGAUCGACGCCAAUAGCAUUGGACGCUCCACCGCGAACAACCCGGCCAACUUCACAAUGGCUGUGGGUAUGUCCGUGGAGGCCGUCGAGAUGGGAUUUACGGCAGUCGAGGGCUACAACACCUACCCCCAGUCCCAAUUGCAUACACAAUGGCCGGGGACGGGCAUGAGGGGAGAUGCUGUUUUCGAUCAGUUCCAGCAGAGCUUUAUUCCCUACACGACAAGCCAAGUUUCGCAAGAACUGGCCAUUCGAGCCGCCGGCUGCGAGUUGUUGUCUCUCAUCGGUGCUCAGUCCUAUCUUGUAUCUCAUUCGCUGGGAUCCAAGCUGGCCGUCGUCAUCUCCAACGACUGCCCUCAGUAUCUUGCUGGCAGCAUCAACCUCGAGCCCUCAACGAUCCCGUUCUGGGCAUACGGCUACGGGCUCGGCGGUCGUUCGGCCAACCUUUGGGGUCUCACCAAUACCCACGUGGACUACGAACCGGCGGUGACGGACUCGGCCGAGCUCGCUGAUCAGAUUGAGUCUGUGGGCAACGAGACCCUGGCGCUUCGCAACUGUUGGCGACAAAAAGAACCCGCGCGGCAGCUUCCGAAGAUCUCCAGUGUGCCCUAUGUGGCUUUGACAGGAGAAGCGAGCGUGCAUAUCACCUACGAUCACUGUAUUAUCGAUUAUCUGAAGCAAGUCGGAGGCAACCCAGAGUGGAUCAAGCUGGGUGACAUCGGGAUCAAGGGUAACGGCCAUUUUGGUCACCUUGAGAAGAACAAUCUUGAUAUUGCCUCAGUUGUUCAUGACUGGAUCAAAAAGAAGCAGGGUUGGUGGUGGUAG